AUGGAUACAACAGGAGAUCAGAUCGUACCGUCCACAAGCUUUUGGGUAAUGCAGUCACCAGAAUUAGAAUUUCGGCAUGAGCUGAUGGGGCGCAUAAAUAAAUUGGAAACCGAUGUCGAGCUGGACGUUGUACCGGGCAGUCAGCAUCAUCCAUCAUCCAACUCGCCGCUGUCGUCGUCCGGAUUAUCCAGCUACGCCGGCCAGGGCUACGAGCACUAUGGCAAGGAAUUCUUCUUCGGCAACAAACACCGCGACAUGCUGUGCACCGAGUCGGAGGACUCGUUCCUGCGGCCACCGCUGUGGGAGGACAUCGCCAGCUCGAUACAGAACAUCGACCCGGAGAACGCCAUCAUGCUCGGCUCGGCCACCAUGAACGGCGUGCCGCAGGUCAAGAUGGAGGCGGUCGACGAUCCGUUCCUGGAGCCGCUGUCCUCGCCCCUGCUCAGCCCGCUCGAGAUCAAGACGGAGAAGAGCCAGCAGCUGCUGGCGCAGGCCACCAACCACAACAACAACAACCUUAGCCACCUAACCAACAACAACAGCAUCCACCAAAACCAUAUGCACGGUGACGCGGCGAGCUGCCACACCAACGGAGGCAACGCGGCGACCAACAAUGGUAGCAAUAACUUCCUCCCGAACAAUGGCCCCAGCAAUGGGUACACGCACAGUGGAGGUAACCUCGGUGUCACGGCUUCUCACGGCCACCAGAGUCAGCACGGGCUCAAUGGCUACCUGGCCGGAACGAACGGGAGUGGCAGCAACCUGCAGCUGCUCACGAACCAUCCGUCCCAGCAGCAUCACCAGCAACCUCCUACGCAGCAUCAGCAGCACCAUCAACUGUCCCAUCCGCAGCAUCACCAGCAUCACCAGCAUCAUCAGCAUCACCAGCAGCAGCAACACCAGCAGCAACAUCAGCAGCAGCAGCAUCACCCACAGCAACACCUGCACGUGAACCAAAACAAUAACUACUACCACUGGCAGCCGCCGGCCGGCGGGGGUGGCACCAACGCCACCUUGAACCAAGGGUCCGCCGCCGCAGGGCAGAUGUACCACUCCAAGUACGCCGUGCCGCAGUCGACGACGCAGAGCUCCACCAUCUGCCCGACGCCCAUCUCGAGGCUAAUGUACGUCCCGCCGCUGACGCCGCCCAACUCCGACCCCGGCAGUCCCGGAAACACCUUGCAGAAUCCUCCGAGAAGAACUCCUCCGCCACCGUAUCACCAGCAACAGCAACAGCAACAGCACCAGCAGCAGCAGCAGCAGCAGCAACAGCAGCAACAACAAAUGAGCCACCAAUCGUCUCACCUCCACCAUCACGCCCACGGGGGCCUGGUGGGACCCCAAACGGUCGGCGCUUCGCCAUCCCAAGUGCUGCUCCAGCAACUUCCGCAACCGGGCGGUUCCAGCAACCAACCGGCGCAACCAAAUCAGCUCGUCGCGAACAGUUCCUUGCACGCAGCGCUGACACCGCUCGGGUCGGUGCUGCCCGCCCCGUCCGGCCCCGCCAACAGCCCGUCGACGGCGACGUCUGGGCGUCUCCCCGGCCCGACCGGCACCCGUGGUUCCAGUUCCAAGCGGCACAGUUCCGCGCACAGCAUCAACAGCGUGCUCAGCAGCGCCGGCGUGGUGAAGCACAUCGUCGGCCGCUACAACCGGCGCAACAAUCCGGAGCUGGAGAAGCGCCGAAUACACCACUGUGAUUUCAUCGGUUGCACAAAGGUGUACACCAAAAGCUCGCAUCUGAAGGCCCAUCAACGAAUCCAUACCGGUGAAAAGCCGUACACCUGCCAGUGGCCGGAGUGCGAGUGGCGUUUCGCCAGAUCCGACGAGCUGACGCGCCACUACCGCAAACACACCGGCGCCAAACCGUUCAAGUGCAUCGUCUGUGAACGCAGCUUCGCCCGCAGUGAUCACUUAGCGCUUCACAUGAAGCGGCACCUACCAAAAAAUAAGUAA